AUGGCCAAGUUGUGUUCCCCGGCAACUCUAGUAGUGACCCUCUUGGUUGUCGCCAUGGCAGUUCUCUGCUUCAUUCGACAUUCUCGAGGCCAAAGGCGGCCGCAGCGGUGGCGCCCGGACCAGCAGUCGGCCAGUCCUCACUGGAGCGGUGGUGGGCGGGGCGUUGAGCCGUACCAGCAACCGGAACACCACGUCGGAGUGGUCAUCGGCCGUUGGGACGUCGGGCCAUUACUUUGGUGGGGCAAGCCAGCUGGUUGGGAGCCUCGUGGUUUCCUUCCUGCUUUAUGCCAUGCAGUAAAUAAAGAUGAAUGGGUUGGAAGGGCUAAUAAAAGCUGA